UACGACAUGACGUAAAGGGAGGCGUGACUUUCUGUAACGUAAAAGAAGGUGAAAGCCAAGGACCACGGUGAAAUCACGACUAUUCGUUGUUGUCGGAGGGACACAAGAGCCUGGUUAAGAUUAACAACAAUGGACCGAAUUAGAUCAUCUUUCAACAGCAUGAUGAGAAGUGAGCGGUACAGCCGGUUCACCCUGCAGCCGGCGGAGAACGGAGAGCGCCACGUUGAGGUCAAACUGUCGGAAGGUGCCAUCGAUGACGGCACAGAGAUGGAAGCUGCCGGCUCUCCGAGCUUCAGACCAGCUCCUCCACGUCAGAACAGACGUACUGUUGUCUUUGUGGUCCUUGGAACCCUCCUCAUAUUUAUGAUCGGAUUCCUGGUUGGUCACAUCAGCCACCGGAGUCCAAAGGUGGAGGCAGACUUAAUGCCAAGCAAGAAAAGUGAAACGAAUGAAUCUCCAGCACCCCCUGCAGCACUUCCAGAUGUCUCACUGAACUGGCAGGAUGUCACUCAGCUCCUCGCAGGGAAACUCACCAGUCAGGCCUUUGAAAAGACUCUUAAGGACUUUGAUCGUCCCAGUCGCUCAGCAGGAAGUGAGGAAGACGCGCGCCUGGGUAACCGCAUCUUUGACACAUUCAAGACCCUGGAGAUGGAGCCCUGGACAGACAUUCACUAUGUUCAGCUGCAGAAGCCAGACAGCAACCGUCCAAAUACCAUCCAGUUUGGUUCUGAUGCUUUUAAACCUGAGGGGUAUCUAGCCUACAGCGGGACUGGCAGAGCUCAGGGCCGACUGGUUUACGGAAACUACGGUCGUCAAGAAGAUCUGACCGUUGUGCAGCAGAGCGUCGACCUGGAAGGUUCUGUGCUGCUGCUGCGUGCCGGAAAGAUCAGCUUUGCUCAGCAGGUGGACAAUGCUGCCAAGAAGGGAGCCAUUGCUGUUCUAAUCUACCCCGAUCCUCAAGACUACAAACUCGUCGCAACCACUGAACUUUAUGGACAUGUCCAUCUGGGCUCAGGUGACCCCUACACCCCUGGAUUCCCCUCCUUUAACCACACCCAGUUCGCUCCAACAAAGUCCUCCGGUCUCCCCAAAAUCCCAGCUCAGACCAUCACCCCUAACACAGCUUCAGCUCUUCUCCAGAAAAUCGGUGGUCCUGAUGCUGGCAGGAACUUUAAAGGUCAACUCGAGUCUGUGUUUUACAAGCUGGGAGGCAUUAAGAACAUCACUGUUGAGGUAAACAACAUGUUGGUCAACAAGGAGAUCCACAAUGUGUUUGGAGUGAUUAAAGGAUUCUCUGAUCCCGAUCGAUUUAUUGUCCUGGGAGCUCAGAGAGACGCUUGGGGACAAGGUUAUGCCAAAGCCACUGUUGGCACCUCUGUGCUGGUGGAGCUGGCCAAGGCCUUCCAUGAGAUGGUGGAGAAAGAUGGGUUCCGACCCAGGAGAAGCCUGGUAUUUGCAAGCUGGAGUGCUGGAGAAUAUGGAAGUGUUGGUGCCACCGAGUGGUUGGAGGGUUACAUGUCUUCGAUUGACAAAAAUGUCUUCACCUACAUAAGCCUGGAUGGAGUAGUGAUGGGUCACGGAAGCUUCAUAGCCUCAGCAAGUCCGCUGCUCUACAGCCUCAUCGGGAGCACGAUGAACGAGGUGACGGGACCUCUUGGUUCUGACAAAAUGUACCAAACGAUGGGAGGCAAUGACUGGGAGGCUAAAGUACUGAGACCUAUGUCGAUGGACGACCCCGCCUACCCGUUCUUGGCUUUCUCUGGAAUUCCCUCCAUCUCCUUCCAUUUCAUCUCUGUGGAUACCGAGGCCUACCCUUACUAUGGCACCAACCUGGACAACAUGGAUCAUCUCAAUUACCAAACGAACCAGCACACCAGUGAGAUCACCGCCACGGCGGCAAAGUUUGCCGGUCUGAUGGCUCUGAAGCUGGUCCACGACCACCUGCUGUAUCUGGACGUGAGUCGAUACGACGGCCUCUCAACCGCCGUGAGGCAGAUCUACAUUCGCGUCAAUCAGCUCUCGCAGUCUGGUCAGCUGAAGGGUGUUAGUCCCAGCUGGCUGAAUCAGGCUCGAGGUUCGUUCCAGCGAGCAGCCGGAAGCAUCAAACUCGCCAUCGACAAAACGGACUUAAGUGACCCAGAGGCCUGUCGGAUUCUCAAUGACAGGAUCAUGAGUGUUGAGCACUCUCUCAUCUCCCCGUACAUGUCCCCGGUUGAGACUCCCUUCCGCCACAUCCUGCUCGGUCACGGUCCUCACACCUUGGCGUCCAUCGCCCAAACCAACGACACGGAGCAGCUCCGCACCCAGCUGGCCCUGGCAACCUGGACCCUGCAGGGAUGUGCCAACGCCAUGGUGGGGAACAUCUGGGACAUCGACAAUGAGAUCUAAAACGGGAGUGAAGGUUGUUAAAAUGAACUCGAGUGCUAAAUUAUCAACACCUGAAGCACAAACUAAACACACCUUUUCCUUCUUAAUUCAGGGUUAGAUUAACAUUUUUCUUUAAUUGUUAAAAUUCAGUUGGGAAAAAAUGAAAAACUGAAGCAUCACCAGAUACUUGAAUAAUAGAAGUACUGACCAGUCCUACUCCGUCAGCAUGCUGAACAGGCUGCAGUCUCCUGCCAACAGCACUGAAACCUUAUUUAUACUUUUUAUAUAUUUAUCAGUGGCAGUGCCCACUAUAUUUAUUAUCAGUCUUUUGUUUUAAUGCAGCAUUAUCGGAAGCAGUGCCUUCCAUAAUUAUGACGGUUAUACUGUCGAAAGCCACAGCAGCAUCUGCUACUAAACAACCUCCUUAACUGUUGCCGAAGCUGAACCUGAACUGGUGGCUAAUUCUCCCGUUUGUGUAGCUUUAGGCUUCGGCUGCUGCUGCUGCUUCAUAUCUGCACAAGCUGGGAGAAAUAAAUAUCCAAAUUAGGAUUGGAAACUUUAAAUAUGGUCAAACAAAAAGAGCACACAGUGUUCAGUAGGGUUGGGCAUCGUUUGAUUUUGAACAGUUCCUCGUUUCGACUCCGGUUCCUAUCGAUUCCGAUUCUUUCAAGACAUGACAUGUUUAACAUGAGCCAGCUAACCACAGGUCCUACUUGAUGAAAUAAUCUUAACUGCAACAUGAAUUUUAAUUCUAUGAACAACAACAUCGCCUUCAUUUAGACUAGAACGUGUUUUGGAGACAAAAAGAAACAGACUUGCAGCACCACCAGUGUGUUUGUUUCUGACCACAACCAAAGUGUGGAAGCAGCCUCCGGGAUGAGAGGCUAAAUGUCUCCAACAUAUCCAGGAACGUCCAGCUGUUUUCAGCUAAAACUCUCAGGAUGAUCAUAUCCAGGAUGACGGAGAACUACACCUCCAUGCUGCAGCAGAGUUCAGUCAGAACAGGAAGUGAAACUUAAACGUAGCUUGCUGCGUCUGACUGCCGACGCUCCGUGUGUGUUUUUAUUUCUGCAGUGAGACAAACUCGCCUCACACCGGCCAGAGUUUGUUCUCUAAAGCUUCUAUUAAAUCCACCGUGUUGACGUAUUUAACAAGUUUCCUCCACGCUGCAGGAGUUAAAGUUUACAUUACAGAGUAAAAGUUCGGCAGACGCGUUUGUUUAUAUCCGGGUGGGGGGAGGGGGGACUCGUGCUGCACACAGACAGCUGGUGUGAUCGGCUCUGAAAAGCGUUGAACACAAUUUGCAGGUCACGUUUAAUUUUUCACGGAGACCGGCCGCGGAUUCCUCUUCCGGUCGGCAUUCUAGGAAUCAAAACUAGGAAUCGAAAUUAAAAACUUUGAACGAUUCUGGGAAAAACUAACAGUUGGAACCGGUUCCAAUCGAUGCUCGAUGCCCAACCCUAGUGUUCGGUUUUGGCACAAUUAACUAAACUGGCUCCAUAAUUUGCAUUUAAACCAUUUAUGUUGCACAGUUUACGUCGGAGAAAAGUAACGUUAUCGGGAGCAGUGCCUUCCAUAAUGAUGAUCUGACGGUAGUUUUUGCCUACCACUUUGUGCGUUAGUUUUGUAUGUUGUGUAUUUAUCGAGAGCAGUGUCUCUCAUAUUUCACUUACGGGUGGAACAGCUUAUCGGGAACAGUGUGUCCCAGAGUUUUAUACUUGACUUUUUGUCGGUUUGAUUUGUUUUUGGGUGCAGACUUCUGAACUUCCUGGUGUUUGGGCAGCUGUGUUUUGUUUUGGAUGUUACGGUUUUAAUGGGGCGGAGCGUAAUGUGGAGUGAUGAGCAACCAAAUAUGUUUCCAUGUUAUAAAAAAGUGCCAGGACGAGAGUUGAAAUGGACUCUGACAGUGAUUGGCUCGUUGGAUUAAACUUUGUGUAAAGCAAGAGAAACUAGUUGCACGCUGUUAGCCUGCAGUGUUCAAGGAUUUAAAUCCAUGCGUCUGUAAUGAGAACUCCAUUAAUCUUAUGAUCCUUCGUUAACGUCAUCAAUUAUUUUAGAUUUUAAAGUUUAAAACAGUUUUCUGCGCACCAACAGCGAUGUUCAAGUAAAGCUAGGUAAAAGUCAUUUCCCUAGCCAGUUAUUGCAUCUCUUAGAUUUGGUGAAACAGGUUGAAGUAUUUUGUUCUUGAUCUCAAAAUGUAUUUUUCCUUCCAUAAAUUCUAAUUUCUGAAUUGGUUAAUCAUUUAAUGAAAUCAUCAUUUAUGCAGGGAUGAAGAAAAUUCACCUAAUUUCUAAAGUUUAGUGAAGUAUUUGGUUUUUCAGUAGUGAAAAUGUUGAAAUGCACUGUUUUCCUGAUGUGUUACAAAAGCCAGUUCUUGUGAACCUCGUUACCUCUGAACUUGUUUCUUCGCAGAACAACAAUCAUGAUGAGCUGCAUGUGAAUUAGUUUACUAACUAAAAGGCACUCUGCAUGCAUUUCCCUCCCAGUUCAUGUUACAGAACCAAAACCCACCCGGGCCUAGGAACUGCUUAUUCUGCUAAAUGUUUCAUAUUUUUCUGCAUAUUUUACCUCUAAAGAAUUGUCAGUACCAAAGGAGUUCCAAAUUCAUGAAGUAAGAACGUUGUUUAUUCUGAUUUCUCUUUGUUUUCUCAUCAGGUCUGUCUAACCCUGUUGAAUUCUGAAAAUAAACAUGUUUUUUUUUUUCCUUCACUGUUUAAAACGUAUUCAAUUGAAGGUUUAAUAUACUUUAGUUGAUGUUUAAUGCAGUUUCCAAAUCCAGCAGAAAAUGUGUAAUAAAUUCCUUUGGCUAGCUAA